AUGCCCAUCGCCACAAGCUUACUCCAGAGCAGCUUUCAAGCAUAUGUGAAGACACAACCCCUGAUGAAUUCUCUAAAGUAUGAACCAAACUUGCCAAACAUUUUCCUGAACGAAGUGUCCAAUCCGUUCACAAUGCUUGCAAACGUAAUUUUAACCCUCUCUUACUUACUUAGUUACAUAGUUUUUAAGGUGUCUAGUGCCCACACCCCUUAAUGAAAAAGGGUCAAAGCGACAACUAGUGACGUCACCAAGCCAUCUUGGAAUAUGUGGUCAGCCCACACCCAAGCCUUCUAUGAGGCUAGUCGCCAGAUAAAUCGCCGCACAUCUCACCCGGCGCGUUGCCGUCGCUCGUCCAGACUCAGCUCCUGCGCGUGUUCCGCCUAAGGGUCAUCCUCCCGUGGGGACGUGCCGAGAGGUAAAACUCCGAAAUCUUGAGUGCACUGAGGAGUCGUGCCUUUGGUUAUCCCCAAAGUUAAACGACUAUUGCUGUGCAGAAGUUCUCGAGAGAAAACCCAACCCCAUAAAUAAAAUUCCAUGAGGGAGAGAAAAUUGGCAGAGCCAAUUUCUCUCGAACCGAAUGCCAUUUUAUUUAUAAUUUUAACCCUCUCAACUAUAAAGGGAAAUGAGAGUUAUGGGAAGAGCAAGAGCUUAUAA